AUGAAUAAGGAAGAGGUCACCCUAAGUAAGCUUCAAGGGCUCCUGAGGACAGCUGAGAGCAACCUCAAGGACAAAUCUGUUGCAUCAUCCUCUACUGUAGCUGCUCCUGUGUUGGCAAUUGGCCAAGGAAAGGGAAAGAAGAGGAAGGCUCCUUACAAGAGCCACCAUAAGGGUAAGACCCAAGAUGGUUCUUCUGUUAAGCCCUCUUCUGACCCCAAGGAAGCAGAGUGCUUCUAUUGCCACCAGAAGGGCCACUGGAAACGAAGCUGCCCUAAAUAUCUGCAAGAUAUUAAGGAUGGGAAGAUAAAACCCACCUUCGCAGGGCCUAAAAAGAAGUAGGGAAGUGGAGCAUGGAAGGAUAAGCUUGAUCAUGGGAAACAAGAAGUCUUCACCAGUAACCAAGAUCGGAGUUUAUUCCUUAGUGUUGAGUAAUGGGUUAGGGCUAGAUUUAAAUAAUUGUUGCUAUUCGCCAGAUAUGGCAAGAAACAUCAUUUCUUUUCAUGGUUUGUUUAGACAAGGUUUCAGAUAUUCAUUUG